AUGCUGCAGCUGAACCUCACGCUGCCCCCGGAUCCCAAGGCAAAGCACGCGCCGGCUUCUUUGGAGGAGUCCGCCGGGGACAUCAUCCUAGGGGAUGGCUCGCAAGUCUCCGAGGUGCCCAGGCUCUUGGCCCAGAGCACCGAGUGCCUGCGCUGGAACGCCGCGCUGGCGCUGUACAUCCUGGGCAUGGACCUGGCGCAGCUGAUGCAGGAGUCGUUCGACGCGUGCAUCACGCGAUGGAAGAAGAGGAAGGAGCAAGCCAAGGUGCUGCUGGCGCAAGACCUGCUGCAGCGCAGCCGGAAGGCGCCCAAGUGA